AUGCCCUUCCCAGGGCAGGGCGGUCCCGCCCGGCCCCAGAGAAGAUCCGAAGACACCCCGGCCCCGGGCACCGGGGGAGCCCGGCCCGCCCGCCCUCGCCUCGCUCGCCGCGGGGAGCCACCCGCCCCGGCGCCCCGAGCCCACAGGAGGGAGCAGCCCCGCGCCGCGGCCGCAGGGACCGGGCACCGCAGGGCGCGGGUGGGUGCGGGGCGGGGGCCGCGGGCUGGGUGGCGCCGCCUCCUCGCUCCGCGCGCCCCCCGUUACCUCUCCGCCAAGGUCACGGCCCCGCGGCGUCUCGCUCCCGGGCGGGCGGCGUCAGCGGGCGGCGAGGCCGGGCCGCUGCAUCACACGCGCCCCCGCCGCUCCGGCGACCGCCACCCUCGCCGCCGCCGCGCGCAGGCGGCUCCCAGCCCGGCCGCUGCCUCCUCCGCUCCGGCUGCCGCGCGGGGACCGCCGAGCGCGCGCCCAGCCCAGACGCCCGCCCGUGCGCGCGCCUGCGAGGAGGCGGUCACGUGGCGCCCGGCGGCCGGAGGUGGCGGCCGGUUGGGCUCCGCGCGGCAGGACCACGCCGCCCGGCCGCCCCGCCGCCCCACCUUCCGCCCCGGGGGAGACCUGCCCGCGUUCUCACACACCCCGCCCGCCCCGGUGUGCGCGCCGCUCAAGGCCUGGAGAUCCAGUGAUCUAGAACAGGAUCUGACAUAGAGUUGGCACCCGCUCGGUAUCUGCUGAUUUCUUGAGUAAAUAAAUCCAUGAACAUGGUUCUGGUGGAAAGACUGGGUGGACUGGAAUCACACAGACAACAACGUUGGACAAAACUGAAUUAGCAUCAGAAAAGGGAACCCUGGUCCACGGCUGGUGGGAAUGCAGGCUGGUGCAGCCACUGUGGAAAAACAGUUUGGAGUUUCCUUAAAAAAUUAAAAAUCGAAC